GACGUCUCCGCGGUGCCUGAUGGGGUUGUACCGCGGCCUGGCGCUCUUGCGGGGGGAGGCACCGCUGGUUACUGCUACCGCCGUUUCUGCCGCCUCAUGGCGGCCAUCGGGGUUCACCUAGGCUGCACAUCAGCCUGUGUGGCCGUCUAUAAGGAUGGCCGGGCUGAUGUGGUCGCCAAUGAUGCAGGUGACAGAGUUACUCCAGCUAUUGUUGCUUACUCAGAAAAUGAAGAGGUUGUUGGAUUGGCAGCAAAACAAAGUAGAAUGAGGAAUAUUUCAAAUACAGUAAUGAAAGUAAAGCAGAUCCUUGGCAGAAGCUCUGAUGAUCCACAGGCUCAGGAAUACAUCAGGGACAGUAAGUGUUUAGUCAUUGAAAAAAAUGGGAAAUUACGAUAUGAAAUAGAUACUGGAGAAGAAAAGAGAUUUGUCAGCCCAGAAGAUGUUGCCAGACUGAUAUUUAGUAAAAUGAAAGAAACAGCACAUUCUGUCUUGGGCUCAGAUGCAAAUGAUGUAGUUAUUACUGUUCCAUUUGAUUUUGGAGAAAAACAAAAAAAUGCUCUUGGGGAAGCAGCCCGAGCUGCGGGCUUCGCUGUUUUGCGGUUAAUCCACGAGCCGUCUGCAGCUCUUUUGGCGUACGGGAUUGGACAAGACUCCCCCACUGGGAAAAGCCACAUUUUGGUAUUCAAACUUGGAGGAACAUCCUUAUCUAUCAGUGUCAUGGAAGUUAACAGUGGAAUAUAUCGUGUUCUUUCAACAAACACUGAUAAUAACAUUGGAGGUACACAUUUCACAGAAACCUUAGCACAGUACCUGGCUUCUGAGUUUCAGAGAUCCUUCAAACAUGACGUGAGAGGAAAUGCCCGUGCCAUGGUGAAACUGAUGAACAGUGCUGACACUGCAAAACAUUCUUUGUCAACCUUGGGAAGUGCCAAUUGUUUCCUUGACUCAUUGUAUAAAGGUCAAGAUUUUGACUGCAACGUGUCCAGAGCAAGAUUUGAACUUCUCUGUUCUCCACUUUUUAAUAAAUGUAUAGAAGCAAUCAGAGAACUCUUAGAACAAAGUGGAUUUACAGCAGAUGAUAUCAACAAGGUUGUCCUUUGUGGAGGGUCUUCUCGAAUCCCAAGGCUACAGCAAAUGAUUAAAGAUCUUUUCCCAGCUGUUGAGCUUCUCAAUUCUAUCCCUCCUGAUGAAGUUAUCCCUAUUGGUGCAGCUAUGGAAGCAGGAAUCCUUAUUGGGAAAGAAAACCUUUUAGUGGAGGACGCUCUUAAGAUAGAGUGUUCAGCCAAAGAUAUUUUAGUCAAGGGAGUCGAUGAAUCAGGAGCCAACAGUUUCAAAGUAGUGUUUCCGUCAGGGACUCCUCUGCCAGCUCGAAGACAACACACGUUACAGGCUCCUGGAAGUAUAUCCUCAGUAUGUCUUGAACUCUAUGAGUCUGAGGGGAAACACGCUGCAAAAGAGGAAAACAAGUUUGCACAGGUUGUACUCCAGGAUUUAGAUACAAAAGAAAAUGGACUACGUGACAUAUUAGCUGUUCUUACUAUGAAAAGGGAUGGAUCUUUACACGUGACAUGCACGGAUCAAGAGACCGGAAAAUGUGAGGCAAUCACUAUUGAGGUGGCAUCUUAGUGUUUGAGAGAAACCACAAAUUUUUUAGAACUAAAAUAUCAACAUUAUUUGUUUUGUUUAUAAAUGGUGUUUAUAUUAAAAAACUUUUUGAAUGAACUGUAUGAUUUAUGUUUCUAUUUUAACUACAGUAUAU